GAGGUUCUUUCCGGCAGCUCCCCACGGGACUCGUAGUUUGGUCCCACAGCAUGGAUGGGCUCCAGCCUAGCGUGGGGCAGUUGAGGCGCGGGCGGGUCAGGCGCCGGCGCCAGCCCCAGUCCCACAGCGGGUCGGUCUUGGCUCUGCCCUUGAGGCCCAGGAAGGUCCGGAGGCAGCUGAGGAGACAUGGCGCGUCCCGCGUGGCUGCCCUGAGGGCUCCGGCGCCGCCGGGCGAGGAUUCCGAGGACUCGAGAGCGGAGCCGACGGCCGGCGGCGCGGGGGCGGCGCUCCCUAGCGGGCCUGCGGCGGCAGCCGGCGGGGACACGGGCCGGCCUCGCCCGCCGCGCGCCUGGGGCUGGCCCCGGCCGGUCCCGCGGCCCUCCGCGGCUGCUCCGCCCGGGACGCUGUCGGGCCCGCAGGUGGACGAGGCGGGAGGGGAGCGUCCCCGGGACUCCCCGCUGCAGCGCGUCCUGGCGGAGCUGAACCGCAUCUCCAGCAGCCGGCGGCGGGCCGCGCGCCUCUUCGAGUGGCUGAUCGCGCCCGUGCCGCCAGACCAUUUCUACCGGCGCCUUUGGGAGCGGGAGGCGGUGCUGGUGGUGCGGCAGGAUCACGCCUACUACCAGGGCCUUUUCUCUACGGCCGACCUGGACGCCAUACUUCGCCACGAGGAGGUGCAGUUUGGGCAGCACCUGGACGCCGCGCGCUACGUCAACGGGCGACGCGAGACCCUAAACCCACCGGGUCGCGCCCUGCCCGCCGCGGCGUGGUCCCUGUACCAGGCCGGCUGCUCUUUGCGCCUCCUCUGUCCGCAGGCUUUCUCUACUACCGUCUGGCAGUUUUUGGCGGUGCUCCAGGAACAGUUUGGAAGCAUGGCAGGCUCCAAUGUUUACCUCACUCCCCCCAACUCGCAGGGCUUUGCCCCUCACUACGAUGACAUCGAGGCUUUUGUGCUGCAGCUGGAAGGUAGGAAACUCUGGCGUGUCUACCGACCUCGCGUUCCAACUGAAGAACUGGCCUUGAUAUCUAGCCCCAACUUCAGCCAGGAAGAUCUUGGCGAGCCGGUGCUUCAGACUGUGUUGGAACCUGGAGAUUUGCUCUAUUUUCCUCGGGGCUUCAUUCAUCAAGCAGAAUGCCAGGAUGGGGUGCACUCCCUGCACCUCACUUUGUCUACAUACCAGCGCAAUACCUGGGGUGACUUCGUGGAAGCCGUCCUGCCUUUGGCAAUUCAGGCUGCAAUGGAAGAAAACGUGGAAUUUCGGAGGGGUCUGCCACGAGACUUCAUGGAUUACAUGGGGGCCCAGCAUUCAGAUUCAAAAGAUCCUCGAAGAACUGCUUUCAUGGAAAAGGUGCGGGUCUUGGUUGCCCGCCUGGGACAUUUUGCUCCUGUUGAUGCUGUGGCUGACCAGCGAGCCAAAGACUUCAUCCACGAUUCUCUGCCCCCGGUGUUGACUGAUAGGGAGAGAGCACUUAGUGUUUAUGGGUUGCCAAUUCGAUGGGAGGCUGGAGAACCUGUAAAUGUGGGGGCCCAGCUGACAACAGAAACAGAAGUCCACAUGCUGCAGGAUGGCAUAGCUCGGAUGGUGGGCGAGGGAGGCCAUUUGUUCCUCUAUUACACGGUGGAAAACUCUCGUGUUUAUCAUCUGGAGGAACCUAAAUGCUUGGAAAUAUACCCCCAGCAAGCUGAUGCUAUGGAACUCUUGCUUCGCUCCUACCCAGAAUUUGUAAGAGUAGGAGAUCUGCCCUGUGACAAUGUGGAAGACCAGCUUUCCUUAGCAACCAUGUUGUAUGAUAAGGGGCUGCUGAUCACCAAGAUGCCUCUAACUCUAAACUAGUUUCUUGUUGAUGGUUGAAAUAUUGCGAACUGAUUCUCUACUGCCAUUGUCACUUUUUUU